UCAAAGAUGACAUUUCUCACAAAGCAGAAACCCCAACCACGUUUUGGAUGGCCCGCCUACGACUUUGUUUGUGCUGAGGAUCCCCAAGUCAAAAGAAAAGUAUGGUGCAUACUUUAUACAUGCCCAACGAUACCAACACACCCUUACUACUCCCCAUCACAAGCCAACUACGCCCAACCAGAAAGACCGGAGUUACACCAUCCCUCAGAGCGUAUAGCGCAGCAAACCAUCACCGUCUAAUUUCUAAUUCCGGUAUACAAAACGCUGAUAAUCUUGUUU